AAUUUUUAUUAGUUGAUUCAAGGCUCUUGAUCUAAUCAAAUAUAAAAUGAUAUAUCCUUACUACGUGUGGGGAAGAAAUAGCUAAUCUUAUAUGUAGAUGAUGGAUGAUUCGGACAUCGAAUAAGGCAUCACGAGUACAUUCACUGUUUACUUUAUAUCGAAUACUAAGUUCAUCAGUGUUGUUUCAAACUUCCAUGUGGCCUCUAACUAAAAGAAAAUAAAUUCUGAUGUUUGACACAAAACAUAAAAUAAAAAUAAAAAAAAAUUUGUAAGAGUGAUUCACUCUAACCUGUAAGUUUUCAAAAUACCUUUUCUUUGUAUAACCACCACGUAGUUGGCAGCAGAGCACCAACAUUACAAUCUUGAACGACACGUUUCACCACAUGUCAAUCCAAGAAUUACCGUUACCCAAAACCCAAUGAGCCUUCUCUUUAUUUAACCGCUGAACAUUAUUACGGUUUUACUAACAAAGACGAAUAUGGCGCCGAGAAAAUCAAAGAAAGUGGUUUCGGUGACUAAGAAGAAGAAAGUAGUAGAGGAAACAAUCAAAGUUACUGUCACGGACGGAGUUCCAAAUGUUACCACCGAGACCGACACACAAGAGACACAAAAUCUAGAGACACAAGAGCUAGACACACAGGAGCUAGAGACACAGGAUCUGCCGUUGUCCAUUCCCAUAGAAGAAGAAAACGUCACCAGGGUUGAGAUUCCGGUCGAUGUUGGAGAUGACCGGUCCCCACCACCACCUGAAACCGUCGCUCCCCCAAGUGAAGGCACCGUGAAGGAGACCCAUAAGGUUGAGAUUCCGGUGGAAGAUAGAGAUGAUCGGUCCCCUCAGCCACCUGAAACACCCGCUCCAGCAAGUGAAGGCCCCGUGAAGGAGACCCAUGAGGCUGAGGAGAAGCAGGGGAAUAAGAAGAAGACGUUAAAGAAGAGGAAGAAGAAUAGGUCUGACGUACCCGGAGAUGAGUACAAGAGAUAUGUGUAUAAGGUGAUGAAGCAAGUGCAUCCGGAUUUAGGAAUAUCGUCCAAGGGUAUGACGGUGAUUAACAUGUUCAUGGGAGAUAUGUUCGAGAGAAUAGCGGCGGAGGCGGCGAAGUUAAAUGAUUAUACAAAGCGGAGGACGUUGUCUUCCAGGGAGAUCGAAGCAGCGGUGAGGCUGGUUUUACCUGGAGAACUUAGCCGACAUGCCGUGGCUGAAGGCUCCAAGGCUGUUAGUAACUUUGUUGCUUAUGGUGUCAAGAAGCGUUAGUUUAGUGUCUUUCUUUGUUAUUUCUUUCUCUCCAACUUGACGGUUAGGUUAGGGUAAGGUUUAACUUAAUAGGGUUUCUAGAGUUGUCAGGUCUCUAUGUGUGUCUGUGAUAAUGUCGUUUCUGUUCUAGAUUUGUAUCUUUCUGUUCUGUAAAAUAUGUUUGUUUGCUUUCACAUCUUAAGAAAUAGUUACAAAAUCAAA